UGACCAUGUGCUACGUAGUGUCCUCCUUCUCCUUAACUUGUGGAACAACAGUCGUCACGAUUUUUGAUAACCGUGUUAGUAGUAACCUGUACAGUGCCCCCGCUUAUACCACUACUCAAAAGAUUUCAGAGCAUACAGUGUGCAAAAUCACGAGUCAUUGAGCCGGCAAAAUGGGAUGAGAGCAACUACUAUGUGAGCCCAACAGAAUGUUUUCUCCGUUACCUGACAUUCCGGAGGAUGCGAGCUUGGCGGUAGAUUUACGUAUGAGCGCAGUGGUAAUGAUGUCCCAUUUAGAUAGACUGUGUCAACCCUACCUACCACUGACAGCUUCACAGAAGUGUCAAAAGACAAGCUUAAUGCAAGAGGUAAUUGCCUGGGGUUGGUUUGCAUGGAAAGGCGGGAAUAUGACAAGCGGACCAAUUACAUUAGACUUCCUGAAUGACGUGGGCGGAGUUCAGCAGAUUGUAUGCGCUGAGAGGGUGAUGACUGUGCUAGCAGGAAAUGGAAACGUGUAUUUGAUAUCAUACACAUCUGAAGCUGCUUCCAUGUGGCUGAUAGGUGGUUUUGGUGACCGUGAAGUCGUGAAGCUUGCCGCACACCCUGAUGGUAAACAUUACCUGGCAUUGACAAAAGAUGGAGAGGUCUUAUCGUGGGGAAAUGGUGAUGGGGGCAGGCUAGGACAUGGGGACAACAUUGCAAGAGAAGAGCCUACUUUAAUCACAGCCUUGACUGGCAAGCAGGUUGUCUAUAUCACAUGUGGAAGUACAUACAGUGCUGCUGUCACUGCCAGUGGGGAGCUCUACACCUGGGGACGAGGGAACUACGGGCGCCUCGGUCAUGGUGGUAGCGAGGACCAUUGCACACCAAAUCUUGUCACCGCACUUAAAGGACAUAAAGUGAUAGAUGUGGCGCUAGGAAGUGGGGAUGCUCAAACCAUUGCAGUCACAGAUACAGGUGCUGUUUAUUCAUGGGGAGAUGGUGACUAUGGUAAACUUGGUCGAGGUGGUAGUGAUGGGUGUAAAACACCAAAGGUCAUUGAGAAGUUGAUGGGGCAGGAUGUAGUGAAGGUGUACUGUGGUGCACAGUUUAGUAUGGCUUUGACAAAGUCUGGAUCUGUUUUCUCAUGGGGUAAAGGUGAUAACUAUCGUCUAGGACACGGUACGGAGGAACAUGUACGUGUACCUAAACAAAUUGAACAUUUCGGUGGGAAGAAAAUCGUGGAUAUUUCAGUCGGUUCAAUGCACUGUCUGGCGGUCAGUGAGGACGGUGAUGUGUAUGGAUGGGGUCGCAAUGACCAGGGUCAAUUAGGGGACAUGUCAAUACAGUGCAGAACAGAACCAACAUUGUUAACUGGUCUAGACGGCAAGAAAAUUAUAGGAGCUGCAUGUGGACCCUCACAGAGUUUCGUGUGGUCUUAUGGUGGUCACUCUACUGUUGGUAUGAGAGUGCCAUUUGUGGUGGACAUCAGCAAGGCCACUUUUGAACAGCUGGACGAGCUGUUAGCAGAGGUAUGUGAGGGUAUGGACGGACACAGUGACUGGCCACCGCAACAAGAGAAAGAGUGUAUGGCUGUAGCAGGCCUGAAUCUACUUAAUCUGCAGCUCCAUGUUGCCAUUUCCCACAAUGAGAGCUUUGAACAACUUGGGCUAGGAGCCGGCAGCUCUCUGGUUACCAGCUUGAAGAAGAGAGUUGUCUCCCUUGCCAGUAAUAGCGGAGUUAUCUCCACUGUACAGAUGGCAGCCCAGAAUACAUUACAGAAUGGCUGGUCGAUUCUCCUCCCUACAGCUGAGGAGAGGGCUAGAGCUCUAUCUUCAUUACUCUCUUCAGGAGGGAGAGAUGCCUCAGGUAUGAGUGCUGGUCAAAGAUUUAUGACUGACCUCCUGGUGAGCAGUCUGAUGGCGGACGGUGGACUAGAGUUUGCCAUGGAGGAAGCAAUCAAGAAAGAAAAGGAGACAUUUGAAGAGAAAAAGGAAUCAGAGGAGAAAGAGGACCAGAAAACACCAGACUCUGAGGCAUCUAGCGAAACGAAGCUUGAACCCGGCACCGAUAUAGAGGAGGACUCCAGUGCUAGCAUUCCACUACUUCAACUUAUUCAACAGUUACUUAGGAACUCUUCAUCACAUUCCCAGUCGUUGUUACAUGAGUUAUCCCGGGAUGGUGUCGUGAAGAUGGAGGAGACGGUAAUGAAGGACACAUCGCCAUCACUUGACCUACUUUUACAGUUCCAGAGGUUACUCAUUGCCAAAAUGUUUCCCAAACAGAACUGUUGUCUGGCCUCACCAACUGAUUUAGAUUUCACCCUUCAAGGAGCAGGUUCCCUGCUGAAGAAGUACACCUCCCUGUUAUGUAACCAUGUCAAUGAUAUACUGCCCCUAGGGGCCAGUUUGGCAAAUAUCAGCUCUAAACAUUUCUCUCUAGUCUCGAAAAUUAUCACCAGUGAUGUAACAGGGGUUCUGUUACCUGAGAUGUUAACCUGUAUGGUUCUGCUACAACUCCGUAGCCCGGCUGUAGUUCAGAUGUCUGGAUCGGUUCCUAUCCUAGAACAAGUAUUAGAUAUUCUGGAUAAAUAUAACAGACUGGCACCCGGUCUUGGCAGGGAGGAUAGGGAAGAUCUGUCAUGGCCGGGAGUUUGGAGUCAUUCAUUAGACAAGAUUAGCCACAAGAGCCAGGAUGAUGUACAAACAAUACGUAAAGCUGAUCUUGAGAAUCAUAACAAAGAUGGUGGAUUGUGGAUCAUAAUCCAUGGCAAGGUUUAUGACGUUCACGAUUUCAAGACACAGGCACGGUGUGGGUGGGAGGUGCUCACGGAGUACGCUGGUCGGGAUGCCACAGCAGCUUUUGAAAAUGCUCAUCAUUCUAUAGAAGCUCGUGAGAUGUUGCAUGCCUUUUAUGUUGGACAGUAUGUAGAGCCUGAAAAAGACAUAAUUCAGCUAAUGGACACAAGUACAGCGUCAUCGCCCCUGAUGGACACUGAGCGUACCCUCAGUCUUCUGCUAGGUUUGCACGCUGCACAGCAGGCACGAAGCACACCACUAUCACAGGAUGAACUUGAGUGCAGUGACUGGCUCAGCUCAGACUUCUUCCGUGGUGGCCUGCAGUUACUACAACCCAGGAAUCCGUUUGAGGAGGAGAAGGGAGAGAGUAGGUCAUCUAGUGUGACCACAACACCAGGAGCUGGUGCAACAAGCAGUGCCUGUGAGAUGACUAGUUCUGCCAUAGAAGAUAAAGAGGCCCUGUUUGACCGUCAGGCAUCUAUCUCAGAUGUAUCGAGGCCCUUCCUGCAGGCUAUGGUGGAGGGUAAAUGUCAGGACCUGGCUGUGAAGACAUUCCUUAGUAUGGCUGAGAGAUAUUCCAAACAACAUCAUAUCAGUUUACCCAUAGACUUCGCACCUGAGCAUCCAGUUGAAGAAGUUGGAAGGUUACUUCUGGCAGUGUUGAUAAAGCAUCAUGAUUUGGCUCACGUUAUACUCGGCCUUAUAGAGCACGGACAAGGGGAUGCUGGGAAAUUAACAUUCCCAAAGGCUAUUAUAGAGCUGCUACGAGUUGUAGGACAAGUAAAACGAUCACUUAUAAAGGCCCAUCAAGAUCAGAGCAGAUCCUAUAAAGAGGUCUGUGCCCCUGUCAUAGAGCGAUGUCACUUCCUAUUUAAUGAACUACGACCUGCGAUUGGGAAUGAAGUGAAUGCUAUGAGCCGGUCAAAACUUCUACACAGCACAUCUAGGUGGAAAAUGGCCAUUAAUAAAGUUAUAGAGGAAAACAGGAAGAGAAUUUCACCAGUGGUGGUAACGUUGAAUGUCGGUGAUGUUGAAAAGUCAGUCCCAGAAGAAAGUGAAGGUGGGAAAAGUGAAGGUCAGCUUCUACUAGGGAGCCAAUCAGAAGAAGCCCCAGGUGGCAGCACUGACAGUUCAGGAGGUGGAGCUAAAGGAAGUGAGGUCCAAUCAGAACCAGGGGAAUUUGUGGUGAAAGUGUUUGGCAAGAAUGAGGCUCCACUAGGGGAUUCUUUAGAAGAAGAACAUGACAUUGAGUUGGUAGAUGGAAGUGCUGACGUGGAAGGUCUUCCCCCAAUGGAAGGAAGUGGACAUGCUGGACAUUAUAAAAAGAAACAGGGAAAAAGUAGGAGAAAGAAAGAUUCCUGGGAUUCACUGGUCAGUAUGGUGACCAGUAGUCAAAAGUUGAGCUGGCUUCGUCAACGCCUCACUGGGUCUCGAACAGAGAUGCCACUGGUCAACAAAAUUGUAGAAUUUGUCAUGCAUGAAAAUCCCAUUGAUAUAGAGAAACUUAGAAGGUCUCUACACCAUCAGGUUAGGAGAGCUGAGACUCGUCUAAAAGGUAUACAGACUAUGCUAGCACUGGUUCAUAGGGACCAUUUGAUUCCAUCAGUGAAGUUUAACCUGCUGUGUGGCUGGCAGGGUCUGCUCACCGCAGGUCAUAGGGUCUGCAAACCUGUACCACAGUGUCUAACUGACAUUUCUACUGUAUCUUUACAGCAAACCUGUACCACAGUGUCUAACCGACAUCACACUGAUUCCACCAUGUGA